AUCACUCAGUGGUUGACCAUCCUGAAGCAAUUCACAAAUCCGCGUCUCGCGACCUUUCUCUUCGUCACUUGGUUCAUGGGCCUCGGUUCCGGGAUCGUGUUUAACUUCCUCUUCUGGCAUCUGCAAGAACUUGGGGGCUCACCAACCCUCUAUGGUAUUGCUUCCAUCAUAAACUACCUGUCUGAGAUAGUCGCUUACUACUUCAGCUAUCCGGCAAUUAAACGUUUCGGUCAUAUCAAAGUCCUUUACCUCGGUCUUUUGAUCAAUGUUCUCCGUUUCUUAUACAUUUCGUGGAUUGGAAAUCCCUGGUGGGUCCUGCCUUUCGAGUUUGUUCACGGGCUGACGCACGCUGGCAUCUGGGCCGCCUGCUGCUCGUAUGUUGCACAGUCUUUCGAGCCGCAGUACCGAAUUUCAACACAAGGAGUUCUUCAGGGCGUCAACCAUGGUUUAGGCAAAGGCGUCGGAGCUCUUAUCGGUGGACCCAUAGUAUCUGCAUUCGCAAUGAAUUACUUUGUGCCAGAGGUAAUUAAUCAGGAAACAAAACCUGACGUGGAUGCAGCAACUAAUGCAACAGGUACUGCUGCCACACCUGGGCAGCCUGGUAAGCCUAUGAGCGGCGGCGAGACGACCAGCUACCUGGACGAAACUACUUAUCUCGCGCCUGGGGGAACACCUUUCAUACCGGCUUCACGAACAAUGUCCGCCUCACGAAUGAAUGAAUUUGCUAGAGGUAAAGAUUGCGGAAAUCUUUCCCAAACAGUUAAAGAAAAAUUACGCAGUUAG